UCAAGACCGAUUGAUAAAAGGAUCGAUAAGUCGUAGCGUUCUCGCUCUUUAUUCGAGCGUCAGCCGUCGUGUGGCUUUGGAAAGGAGAGAAGAAAACGCGCCGACCGAAGAAGGCGAUCGUGACACAUCGCGUUCGUUGUCAUUGUCCAACCGCCGAAGAAUUUCCCAAAGAAAUUGCAGAAAGCGGCAUCGUCCUUCUGGUGGCGAACGCCAGAGCGAUCCGGGACCGUCCGUUGACCUCGAUCGAGCGUGGCGUUUUUUCCCCAAAGAGAGGGAGACCCUCCGAAAUUCGUAUCGUUGGAUCCUCCCAGCUUCCCCUAACUCGACUACCUUGGCGAGAAACAGGCUUGCUCCCUACAAUAAGGAACGAAGAGAUGCGGUAGAGAGCGAGAGACAAUGUCGUUUGACGUGAGUUACAACAGGCAGCUUGGCGCGUCGUCGAUCAGAGGUUCCCUCUGGUUGCCGUGGCUUUGGUUGCUCGCGAGCACGAUCUCCCCGAGCCUGUCCUUCGACGUAUCCUGUUGCCCCGAAGGCACGGUAUGGCAAUACUCGACCAACUGUUCGGACGGCACGAACAUUCGUCUACAAUGCCCGAACAACACCUUCCUGAUCGAUCCCGAGCAAAAUGAGCGCGAUAACUUCACCAUCAUCCACGAGAAUGAUACCGCCUGGCUACUGUUGGACAUGAACCACGAGAGAAUCCCGGCUGACAGUUUCUGCACAGCCAAAUCAGCGCGAAGCGGCGGCGAGAUCGCCCUCGCGUGCUUUGACGAGGAUCUAUUAAUCGAGAUGUCGAUAAUGUGGAAGAACACGCUCAUCUGCAUCGUCAGCAUCAUCUCCGCUAUUUUCCUGAUCGCCACCCUGGCGGUUUAUGUUAUACUGCCGGAAUUGCGAGAGCUCCAGGACAAGGCGAUGAUGGCCGUCGUCACCACUCUGGCAGUCAGUUACACCGUCCUAUCCAUUCAGCACGUGCGACCGAUGAUAAUCGAGGAUAAUUACACCAUUUGCGUAUUUUUCGGGUUCAUACUGUAUUUUUCCUUCAUGUCUGCGUUUUUCUGGCUGAACAUCGUGGCCUUCAACGUGUGGCGUACUGUGUGGUUUAGGAACUUCAGGAUCAAAGACCAAUCGCUCUACUCCGCUUAUUGCAUUUGGGGAUGGGGCGGCCCGGCGUUUUUGCUAAUCACCACACUGACGAUGCACUAUAGGGAGGGACAUCAUUUGAAACCUGGCUUCGGCGACUACAAUUGCUGGUUCGGCGGAACCGAACAAACGUGGGCGUACUUUUACGGGCCGAUCGGUAUUUUGUUAAUGUUAAACAUAAUCUACCUCGGACUGACCAGCUGGCGUUUGUGGCAUCAAUAUCGCGAUUACACGGGAAGCAACCUGCGAGUCUUGCGAUUCAAGUGUCUAUUGUACUUUAAACUGGUGCUCGUCACGGGUAUCACCUGGAUCUUCGAGCUAUUGUCGUUUGCUAUUGAUACAAAUAUAGAAUUUUGGAUACUGACGGAUCUGUUGAACGGUCUCCAAGGAUUUAUCAUAUUUCUACUCCUGGUCGUGAUGCGGAAAAGAGUGCGGAAGCUGUUGGCGAAGAAGCGACCCUGCGGUAUCGAUUUCCCAAAAUCCUGGGCGGCCUAUGAGAAUGAGGAAUGCGAAGAAAUGCUUCCCGAGGAAGUCGAAUUGUCUCAACAGGAAUAAGACACAUUUUUACGUUCUUUCCUUCCCUCCCAAAAUAUAUUUCCCAGGAUCAUUACACGCGGGUUAGAUGUAAGAAAUAUCACUUAAGAGAAAAGACAAUCUCGAAUUAUCUGUAUAUUAUCUGACAAGUUAAGCAUAGAUAACAUGACCGUUGUCGUGCUUUAAAAUGCAUACGGUUUUAAAGAUAACUUAUAUUUGUAAACGCAUUUUAUCCUCUGUAUGAAUAUUCCCGUUAUGUAUAUUAAUAUCGCGUUAGAUAAAUUAUCUCCACUAUGUUCAUCCGUUAUCAGUCUCGUCAUUAAGAUUCGCGAAAUCAAUGUUACUUCGACGUAUCUCUUAUUCGUGUACACACAUUACCUAUUCUUGUAAUAUAUAUUCUCAAAAAAGAUACGAUAUUUGGCUGAUAACGGAUUAACCAAUAAAUAUCAUAUGUUUCCACGUAAAUUAUCAAUUAUUGCGAAUUAUUGUGCUUUUUUUACGAUUAGCGUAGCCGAAUAUGUUAUUAUUAAGCACUGUACAAGAAUCUCCGUAAAUUAAUUAUAUAGAUUUAUUGGACUAAAUUGCUGUGUGUGCGUGGAGGAAAAAUUAAAAAUAUAUUGAAGAUUACAAUUAUUC